CCCCACCCACUCGCUCAUAGCGUAGUUCCGCCCAUCGCAGUGGCCUGCGGGCCUGUCAGCGGCGGCCGAGCCCAUGCCCGGGGCUGGCGGCGUCGCUCCCGGCCUCGUCCUUCCCGCGGCGGCGGGGAACCGGGCCCGGACACAGGGCCUGGGGCCGCGGCGGCACCGGGAAGCUGGGCCUUGAGACCGGGCCUAGCCCGCCGCGGCGAUGCCUCUGCGCAUGCGCUAAUCCCGCUGCCACCACUCCCUCCCUCCCUCCGCCAGGUGGCGCCGUCCCGCGGCGCGCCGCGCUGACGUCACGCGCCGGCGGAGCCCCGCCUUCGGCCAUGGCGGCAGCAGCGGCAGGAUCCGCGGUCCAGGAAGGAUCCGGGAAGGCGCCGAGGGCGGGGGGGGGCGGGGGGCAGCGGGCCUGGCCCGGGCGUCUCCCGUCCCCCCCCCAAGUUACCCCAAUGAGCCGUAAUUAGCUCCGCGUCGCCCCCGGCCGAGGUUGGGGGGCUGAGAUCCCCCGCGGGGUUGGGGUGACCCCCCCCGGGUCCCUCAGGCCUGGCGGGGGGGCUCGGGAUGUCCCCCUCCCCCACGCUCCCAGGUAAAAAUCCCGGCAGAUCCGCCUUGGGCGCAGCCCCCCGGGGAGACCCGCCACGCUCCCGCCCUCGGUGAGGAAGCUGGAUAUUGGGGUUCCCUCUCUGCUGCUCCUCACCUUGGCUUCUCCAUCCCAGAGGUCCCAGUUACCGGGGUUUAACUGGGGAUACUGGGAUGGCAACGGGUGACACCAGCACCUUAAUAAAUAACCGAUUUCCCUGCGGGUUUUUGGUACCGUUUGGCGACGGGGGAAGGGACGGAGGGGCGAGGGCAGCCCUGGGGGUGUAGGGCGACGUCCCCGCCCCACAGAUGUGGGUGUCCCCAGCCCCAUGGCUGCCCCACGGCCUGCCCCACGGGAGGUGACGAUGACACGGGUUGGGUCGCCGCGCCUGCGCCGCGGUUUCGGCGCUCGUUGGCGACGCAGGAAACCCCAGGGCGGGCGAAGAGGGGGAAGCGGGUUGCCCCGGCGGGCGCGGCAUGGCCGAGUUGGAGGGUCCCGAAUUCGGCAAAGCCGACUUCGUCCUCCUGGACGAGGUGACCAUGGAGCAGUUCUUGGAGAACCUGCGCCUGCGGUUCUCGAAGGGCCUCAUCUACACCUACAUCGGGGAGGUGGUGGUGGCGGUGAACCCCUACCGGGCGCUGGCGCUGUACGGCCCGCCGGCGGUGGAGCGCUACCGCGGCCGCGAGCUCUACGAGCGCCCGCCCCACCUCUUCGCCCUGGCCGAUGCCGCCUACAAGGCCAUGAAGCGCCGCGCCAAGGACACCUGCAUCGUCAUCUCGGGCGAGAGCGGGGCGGGCAAGACGGAGGCCAGCAAGUACAUCAUGCAGUACAUCGCCGCCAUCACCAACCCCACCCAACGCGCCGAGGUGGAGAGGGUGAAGAACGUGCUGCUCAAGUCCAACUGCGUCCUGGAGGCCUUCGGCAACGCCAAGACCAACCGCAACGACAAUUCCAGCCGCUUCGGCAAGUACAUGGACAUCAACUUCGACUUCAAGGGCGACCCCACCGGGGGCCACAUCCACAACUACCUCCUGGAGAAGUCCCGGGUCCUCCAGCAGCAGCCGGGAGAGAGGAACUUCCACGCCUUCUACCAGCUGCUGCUGGGAGCCCCCGCGGCGCUGCUGGCCUCGCUCCGCCUCGACCGGGACGCUGGCGCCUACCGCUACACCCGGGAGGGCGCCCGGAGCAGUGCCUGCGGGGACGACGCGGCGUGUUACCGGGAGGUGGAGGAGGCGAUGGCCGUCAUCGGCUUCUCCCCGGAGGAGGUGGGCUCCGUGCACCGCAUCCUGGCUGCCAUCCUGCACCUGGGCAACGUGGGGUUCGUGGCGGAGGGCGAGGCGGCGGCGGUGGAGGACGCGGCGCAGCUCUCGGCGCUGGCCGAGCUGACGGCCACGGAGCCCAGCAGCCUGCGCCAGGCGCUGCUCGCCCGCACCGUGGCGGCCGGCGGCGGGGAGCUGAUCGAGAAGGGCCACAGCCCCAAGGAGGCCGCCUACGCCCGGGACGCCUGCGCCAAGGCCAUCUACGAGCGGCUCUUCUGCUGGAUCGUGGGACGCAUCAACGCCAGCAUCGCCGCCCGCGGCUACGACGCCCGCCUGCACGGCAAGAGCACCGUCAUCGGCGUCCUCGACAUCUACGGCUUCGAGAUCUUCGACACCAACAGCUUCGAGCAGUUCUGCAUCAACUACUGCAACGAGAAGCUGCAGCAGCUCUUCAUCGAGCUGAUCCUGCGGCAGGAGCAGGCUGAGUACCAGCGGGAGGGCAUCGCCUGGCAGAAUAUCGAGUACUUCAGCAACGAGCCCAUCGUGGAGCUGGUGGAGCAGCCGCACCGCGGCAUCCUGGCGCUGCUGGACGAGGCCUGCCUGGCCGUGGGGACCGUCACCGACUCCCUCUUCCUCGCCUCCAUGGACGCCCGCCUCGGCCGCCACCCCCACUAUACCAGCCGCAAGCUCUGCCCCACGGACAAGACCAUGGAGUUCAACCGGGACUUCCGCAUCAAGCACUACGCUGGAGAUGUCACGUACUCGGUGGAGGGUUUCCUGGACAAGAACAAGGACACGCUCUUCCAGGACUUCAAACGGCUCCUCUACAACAGCGCGGACCCUGUGCUGCGUGCCAUGUGGCCCGACGGCGAGCAGAGCAUCACCGAGGUCACCAAGCGCCCGCUGACCACGGGCACGCUCUUCAAGAACUCCAUCGUGGCCCUGGUGGAGAACCUCGCCUCCAAGGAGCCCUACUACGUGCGCUGCAUCAAACCCAACGACCAGAAGUCCCCGACGCUCUUCGACGAGGAGCGCUGCCGCCACCAGGUCUCUUACCUGGGGCUGCUGGAGAACGUCCGGGUGCGCCGCGCCGGCUUCGCCUACCGCCAGCCCUACGACCGCUUCCUCCUGCGGUACAAGAUGACCUGCGAGUACACGUGGCCCAACCACCUGAUGGCCAGCGACCGGGAGGCCACACAGGCCCUGCUGGAGCAGCACGGCUUCCAGGAUGACGUGGCUUAUGGCCACACCAAGGUCUUCAUCCGCACGCCCCGUACCCUCUUCAGCCUCGAGCAGGAGCGGGCGCAGCUCAUCCCCAUCAUCGUCCUGCUGCUGCAGAAGGCCUGGCGCGGCGCCCUGGCGCGGCGGCGCUGCCGUUACCUGCGCGCCGCCUACACCAUCAUGGCUUACUACAAACGGCACAAGGUGAAGGCGUACCUGCGGGAGCUGCUGCGGCGCUUCCAGGCCGUCCGCACCCUCCCCGAUUUCGGCAAGAGCGUGGUUUGGCCGGAGCCGCCGGCGGUGCUGGCGCGCUUCCAGGAUGCCAGCCAGCGCCUCUUCCGCAGGUGGCGAGCACGGCAGAUCGUCAAGAACAUCCCCCCCUCGGAGAUGGGGCAGAUCCGGGCCAAGGUGGCCGCCCUGGAGGUGCUGGGCGGGCUGCGGAAGGACUGGGGCUGCCAGCGCAGCUGGGCGCGGGAUUACCUUUCCUCGCCCAGCGAGAACCCGGGGCUGGCGCUGCCCUUCGCCCACCGCCUCCAGGCCCUCAAGGACAAGGUGCAUUUUGGCUCUGUCCUCUUCUCCUGCCACGUCCGCAAGAUCAACCGCUUUGGUAAGAGCCGGGACCGGGCCAUCCUCGUGACAGACCGGCACCUCUACAAACUGGACCCACGGCGGCAGUACCGGGUGAUGCGGGCACUGCCCCUCAGCACUGUGACGGGGCUGACUGUGACAAGCUGCCAGGCACAGCUGGUGGUCUUCCACACCCAGAACCAGGAGGAUAUGGCCGUGUGCCUGCACAAGAUGCAGCCGGCGGGGGACAACCGGGUGGGCGAGCUGGUGGGCGUCCUCCUGGAGCACUGCCGAGCGACCAAACGGGAGCUGCAGGUCCGGGUCUCUGACUGCAUCCAGCUGAGCUUCCGCAGGCGCCGGCGGCUGCUGACAGUGGAGAUGCGGCCGGCCGUGGCUGCCCCCGAUUUUGGCAAGAGUUGCGAUGGCUUCGUGCUUUACUGGCCCGGGAGAUGAGACCCCACUGCGGCCCCGUCACACGCGGUCCAGUCGUCCCCCUGGGGUGAUGCCAAAGCCAGCAAUAAAUACCACCAGGAAUAAAGAGCUGGAUGGGAUCCCCACAGCCUCACUCUUCCAUGCAUGGCCGGGACCCUCAGGUCCCCCAGCAGCCCCAGCACGGGGCUGGGUUCCCCCCAAAACAUCUGCCCCAGGUCGGAUGCGGUGGGA